GUGUUGUGUGUGUUAUGUGAUUGUCGAAGAAAUUGGCCGAUUAUAUUAGCUUUAUUUUCACUUGCAAAAAAUGUCGGAAAUAUUAAUUGAACCGGACGUAUCCGGUGUCGUGCAACGUCUCGCAUUGAUAAUUGAGAAAUGUGCAAACGAAGCGAUUGACACAGAGGAUAUUUUCAAAAUUGGCCUAUCCGGGGGCUCGAUGGUGAAAUUUCUUUCGGAAGGACUUCCUUCCAUCUCUACAGAUUGGAGCAAGUGGAGAUUCUUCUUUUGCGACGAAAGAAUCGUUUCGUUUGAGAAUGGUGAGUCAACAUAUGGAUUGUAUAGAGCAAGCUUAAUUGGAAAAGUUCCUAUCAACGAAGAUCAGUUUAUAAAAAUUGAUCCAGAUCUUUCAGCCGAAGACGCGUCAAAAGACUAUAUUAAAAAAAUGUCCGUGUAUUUUCCACCGGAUAGCAUACCAAGGUUCGAUGUCCUGCUUCUUGGUAUGGGACCAGAUGGCCAUACCUGUUCGUUGUUUCCUAAUCAUCGAUUAUUAGAAGAAACUAGUUUAUGGGUGUGUCCGAUAAAUGACUCGCCUAAGCCACCGUCGUCGAGAAUUACAUUGACAUUUCCAGUGAUUAACAAUGCAAGAGCUUGCAUCUUUGGGGUCACUGGUGCAAGUAAAAAGGAAAUGGUUAAACGUAUUUUAAAAGAGAAAGAGAACUUACCAGCCACCAGAGUGCAGCCAACAAAUGGAAUUCUUUACUGGAUUUUGGAUAAAGAUGCUGCCGGAGGCUUAUAGUUUACCCAUAAUAUAACACUACGCGAUACUACAUUCCACUUUGUAACUUAUUCUGCUACACUCCUCAGGCUGCUGAUUUUAUACAUUUAUGUAACUGAUAAUUUUUGUAUGAUGUAGAUAAAAGGAGAAAAGAUAGGUAGGCAAUUAAUAUAUUGAGAAAAUGUUGAAUACAUAGCUGCUCAUAAAGGUAAACGCGGUGUUUUCACCCGUGUAUAUAUAUAUC